AAAAAUUAAGUUCAUUUCUACUGCAAAAUUAUGCAAUUUGUUACGAACCAUCCUUUUGGACCGAAUGGACCCUACUAUGGGCGUCCCUGUCUACGUGAUCGCUUCCCCAGCCUGCUGGACGAGGUCGGGGAGUGGGGCGGCAGCCUGGUGGAGCAUCUGGGCAGCGCCAACAUCGAGAACAUGGGCGCCCGCCACAAGAAGGGACGCAAGCACGACAAGGACCAGGAGUUGCGUGACGCCAACGAGAACCUAUUGACCGGUUCUCCACGCAUCAGCAGGACGCUGCGCACCAGAGCGCGCAGCAUGCGGCGUGCCCACGACACGUUCGCGCCACGGAUGACGCGCGAGCCGCCGGUCUGGGCCGAGCCGCUGGAGACUCAGCGGCCGCGUCGGCGCAGUCGCUCGGUCAACGUGCAGCCCACGGCUGAGCGACAGGCGGGCGAGCCCCCGUACAUGGGGAAAUGCGAUCAUUGCCGUCGCCAUGGCACCGAUGAUGCUGCGAGCGAUUUCAAUGCCCGCACCAUGGCCAUGCGCAUCUUUGAUCAUCGCAUUCUCAGCAACCAGCACCAGUUGAUGCACUGCAACCAUUUCGUGCUGGAUGUCGACGGCCAGCGGAAUAUAAGGAAUGGAUAGGCCCGCCCUUCCAACCGCCCGCCCGCCCGAAGUGCAGUGGCCUGGCGCCUCAAGGGAGAUAUCUGCAGGCCCCUGGAAUGAGGAAGUAACUGCAGAGAGAACGCGAAAUAACACCAAGAAACACAUGAGAAUUGAUAAUUAUAAUAUAUUUAGUGUAAUAAACUGUGGAUUUCGAGGCUUA